ACAUAAAGAGGAAAAGAAAGAAAAGAAAAAGCCAUCAAAAUCAAUAUUCUUAUGCGCCCAAAAUAUAAUAACUACACAAUCAUUGCUUAUAAUAACCACUUCGGUGAGGAGGACAUGGAGAUGAAAUGCUACAAGGAAGUCGAGGAAAGGAUCCAGGUUACUGUCCAGGGGCAUUGAGCAGAAGAGGCACUAGUCUCGCAGGGAGCACAUGGUAUGGCGGCGGUUGUUGUGGGGCACCAUAUGGAGGAGGAGGUUGAUCAUAGCCAGGCAUGGGCUGCUCAGGACGCCUAUAAUAGGGAGUUUGAGAAUGAGGAUAGGGUGCAUUUCGAGGUUCUGUUUGUGGCUGCGGUGGAGAUCUUGGAUUUUGAUGAGGUUGUCCGACUGGAGGGUAAGGACCUGUGUUCUUACUAUCCUGGAAACUAAGACCUGCCAUUUGUCUCUGUACAUCUUCAAUCAUUUCUCUGCACUGGAUGUUUCGAUCGAGUCAUUAUAAAAUCACUGCAUUGCUGCUUGACAUUUGUGAUUGCAUCCUGUUUGAGGACAAAAGAAAUUUUAUAUUCAUAC